CCCCGGAAGUAGGGCGGUAACGCUGGUGCUUUGCUGUCGAGUCACCUCUGUCAAGCGGGAUGGGGGAAAAGGAACCGCUAUCAUGCUGAUAAACGCAGGAUCCCGACGGACUGAGCGUCAAUAACUUGAUGUAUUUACGUUCAGCCUGACCGUUUAUCUUCAAAUUACCGAAAUUGUCCCGUUACAGUUUGCCAAAAUGAUGGAAGAAAUCGACAGAUUCCAAGUGCCUCCUGUCAACGGAGAGACACAGCCUUUGGACCCAGCAGCAUCGUCCACUUUAGAGGCAGCAUCUGACCCUAAAGGAGAGAAUGUGGCCAUGAACUACAAGCCCUCCCCACUGCAGGUCCAGAUAGAGAAACAGAGAGACCUUGCCAGGAAGGCCUCAGUGAAGAACGGCACUGUGGGAAGUCCUGUCAAUCAGCAACCCAAGAAGAACGCCAGGACAAGGUUGGUGGUGCCAAACAAAGGUUACUCCUCUUUAGACCAGAGCCCGGAUGAGAAGCCGCUGGUUGCACUGGACACUGACAGUGACGAUGACUUCGACAUGUCCAGAUACUCUUCAUCAGGAUACUCCUCAGCCGAGGUGAGAUGUCUGAGGGACCAGCAAAUUAACCAGGAUUUGAACAUCCAGCUCCUGAAGGACGGGUACCGGCUUGACGAGAUCCCAGACGACGAGGACCUGGAUCUGAUCCCCCCCAAAGCAGUCAACCCCACCUGCAUGUGCUGUCAGGCUGCUUCCUCCACUGCCUGUCAGAUCCAGUAGCUACCCCGCUCCUCCUUCAUCCCCAGAUGUUUCUUUUUGCCAGCUGCUGAACAGAAUGGCAUCGAGGAGAAAAUAAAGAUUGACUUGAAAACAGGCAAAAGAGGAUGAGAAACUGAAUAUGUGCAGCACCUGUGCAUGUUCCUCCUAUGGCAGGAUCUGUGUCUUACGUCUGCAGUGUUGGUUCAGCAAGGAUGGAUUCAACGUGUGUCAGAGACCUUACCUCGAAGAAAACAGCGCUGCUUUUGCUUCUCCGUUUGAGUUUAUGCUUAGGGAGUUUUUGUUUUGCAUAAACGGUUUGUGCAAUGUCGCAAAAGAGGAGAAACGACCUGAAUGGAGGAGAAAGUUUCAGCCAAAUGACUUUUUGUCAUCAUUACUGUGUCAGUGGGCUGUCCAAGCACCCCACUUUGUCUCCUGGGGUAUAAUUUACCAUCCAUUAUAAUGACUGUAGUUUGAACAAGGCCAUUUUAUUUCCAAUUCCCUGAAUUCUUUCAGCUGCUCUGCUUCGUCUUCCCUCUUGAUAUCAGCAUCAGACUCCAAAACAAUGUGAGUGAGUCCGGCCAUGCCAGGAGAACAGUGCGAAUGAAACACGACUGGUCACCCUCUUCACAUCAAGCGCCAAUCUGUGUUAUACUGAGAUUAUCCUGGUUAUAUUUGUUUUAUGUUUAGUUAUAAGAAGCUAAAAAAAAUGCAUGUUGCCUGUUAACACUGUGUCCAGAUGACAGAUGUGCCGAUAUUUAUUUUUAUCCUACUGACCUACAGCCAACCCCCCAUACUAAAGAAAGAUACCGUACUUUGUAAAAUGGAACAUCGGUCAUAUUUAGGUUCACCUACUGCCAUUUUAAUACACGUAGAGGGGGAAAAAAACAUAAUGAGCUGCUGAGUCACUGCACAUUGUGUAGUUAUUCAUGAAACAUCAACGUUUUUAUUGUAGAACCUAUAAAAUAAGGCAAAUUAGUGAAGGUAAAGCUUAGAAAUGUCUUAGUUUUGAUACAAGGAAUGUUCUUGAGCUGAUGCCCCAUAGUUAUAAUUAAUCCUCCUGAUAAAGAUGUAAAAAAAAAA